AGUAGCUUUAUUCAGAAACAGAAACUCUAUAACCUUUAGAAAACACAAGUCGACAUGUGUGUAAAGUGUCACUCAGAUCAGAUCAGCUGCGCGCGUGCCCGGAUAGGAUUAAAGUGUCAUUUAGGUUCAGGUAACGCAAUUUUCAGAUCAGCUGCGCGCGUGCACGGACUGAAGUGUCAUGGCUGCCGCGCGCUGCCGAACGCUUCACCGGACGGGAGGGAAAGAGCUUUUCUGUGCAUGGCGACAAAGUUCAUCCGAACCCUCUUAAAACACAAUAAAGAGGAGUUUACUGCACUGGGAAAGAACUGCAGGGUUCCGAGCGGUCAGUAUGAAUGUGGGCAGUGCCAAGAAUGAAGCGAGCGGUAACUGGCAUAAACGUCUGCGUUUGAGGAAAAACUCCUUCACAUCCUCCUGUGAACAAAACACUGUGAAACGAGAGAGGAAACAUGGACAAACAUCUACAGAAACAUCGGAGAAGCGUGCCAAGAGUCUGCAGAAUGGUCAGGCGGUGAACGACUCCGUAAACGAACGGAUGUUGUGUUGUUCUGCGUGUAAAGACGACCUCACGUUCAGCCCCGGCGAAUUAACACAACAUUUUAAGAUCAUCCACGCUGGUAAAGCCCCAGUGUUUCCCUGCGACACGUGCAGCUUCUCCACCUCAGUGUUCUCAACGCUUCAACAUCACAGAAUAAUGCACAAGAACUGUUGGUUUCCCUGUGAGGCUUGCAAUGACGACGUCCAGGAAACCUUUCCUCAACUGUCCCAACACUGUCAUGAAGAAAAUGUGGAGUUUAAGAGUGACGCGGCGGGUGAGGAACGCAAACAUUUGCUCGGCGCGUGUCGUCACAGAUGGAGCAGAAGAAGAAACUGGUGGAGAAAGCGAGAACCAGCCACCACACCAGACGACAAACCCUCCCACCACCUCCAGAUUAUACUUCCAAAACCAGAAGCGCAGUGGACGUCUCCAGGACUUCCCAUAUCAGCUCCAGGUCUUCUGGACAAUCGUGGAGUUUUACUGGAUCCCGAGAAAACUCUUCAGGAGACGCAGCAGUUUCUGGAAAAGUGGCCCGUGUUCCUCAAAACCGAGUUGGAUCAGACUAAACCCGUCCCGUCAGGAGCGAGAGAACGACGACAUCCAGAGCUGAUCAGCGGUCUGAUGGAGAAGAAUAAGAUAUCCGUGCCACCCGACUGCACUACAAAAGUGCUCGGCUUCAAGAUGGUGGGUGGCAAGAAACAUUUAAUUCUCAAAGUCAUUCCGUCAAACAAACGAGACGCUUCGGCCCCGAGGAAAUCAAAAGGUGUUAAAUGUCAGUCAGCACAGGAUCAGACGUGGCUUGAGCGUGACGGGUCGAGCACUAAACACUCUUCUGACGGAGAGCUGACAUCCAGCAGGUGGAAAGGAAUCUCACCUCUUAAAACUCUUUACAGUCCCCACGAAGACGAAUCCCAGCAAAACUUUAUCACAAGCCAAAGAGAUUCUGGUUGUCACGGCGAUGUGGCCUCAGGUUCCUCAAUAGAGAGAUGCCAUGCCCAGUUUGUUGCUCUGGUAUCUGACAAAGAGUUUCAGCGUUCAGACCUGACGGAUGUGCCGACAGAUUCAUGUGUCCGUGUCCGUUCAAGCGCUCGAUCUCCUCUGAAAGAUUUCUGUCAGAUUGAGAGUGAGAUUAGUGAGGUGUUAUUCCACCGCAGUGCUGCUGACGAUGAGAGCACAAACAACACAAACCCCAGAGAUGUUCAGCUCCCAGUAGAUGAGUGUGAAUGUGAGAAGAGAACACACAGCGGCACCGCUGCACAUCAGCUCUCUCAUUCACUGCACACUCGUCUCACAUCAUCAUCAUCAUCAUCAGCAUCAUCAGCAUCACAUCAUCACAUCGCUGACGCUGAAGGUAUAAACCAGCGGCGCGAGCUCAUCGGCACAGAGAUCUCUCAGAAGCGUGCGGUGCAAGUGUUGUUGAAUCAAGAAUCCCAGAAGAGAGGGCGUCCAGAGGAGAGGGACACCCGCUGGGAGGCCGUUCCUCCAGACGUGCCCAGAUCUCUCAGACUGAGACCUCACUGCUCCUCACAGCUCAUCUCCAUCCUGCAGGAGAAGCAGCCCGUCGUAGUUCUCAAUCAUCCCGACUCAGAUAUUCCAGAGGUGAUCGGCAUCAUGAAAGUCAUUCAGCAGCACAAAGGAGCCGUGCAGCGGGUCGUUCUGUCUCGAAAGACCCUCAGCUCUCUGGCAGACCGCGAGCGUCACGUGUCCCGCUGGCCGGACGGCACGGUUAAAGAGCGAUUUAGCCUGAAACUGAGGCUAAAGAGAGUGUGUGGAAGAAAGUUUACCGUGGUACCGCCGGCGCCGGAAAGCCUCGUACCGCAGACGAUGUUCAGCUGCUGGUUUUGUGGACGGCUUUUCCAAAAUCAAGAGGUGUGGGUGGGUCACGGUCAGAGACAUCUCACAGAGGCCACCAGAGGCUGGAAUCACAUCUUUAACACAUAACACAUGCAGUUUUCAGGUAACCGUUGGAAAUGACUGAACGUGGGGUCUGAAGUAAGACAUCUGUCUGUCUCAAUAAUACUUGAGUUAGUUCUGCAUUAUUUUUCACACACUGACUUGAACUUUGACAGAAGUGACAGAAGAUUGCUGGAUGUGUCGUGUUUGUUUCAAAUGACACCAGCACACUGGAGUAUAUACAGUACAGAAUUAGUUUUGUAUUUAUUUGUUCAAAGUUUUAUUUAAAUAACCUGAACUGGGUUCUCAGGAUGUCAGAAACUUCAUGUUUUGAUUUCAGUGGUCAGAUCAGGAUUUGAUUCUCAUUUCUUAAGCCAAAGUUCUCAUUGACAUCAGAAUAAUAAUGUGAGUGAUUAAGAGUUUAUUUGCAUUUGAACUGUGAUGGUAUGGUGACUUCAAUCAAAGUCUCUUCAAUCAAAGUCUCUUAUAACAGCUGUGCAGAACUCAAGAGCCCCUCGAUAGAGCUGCCAAUAAAUCAUUCUUUUCAAGAACAUUUGAAUUGUUUCAGAUUUAAUUCAUCAUAUUUUAUUUAUUUAUCAACAGUUACCUAA